AUGCCGAAGCCCGCGUCCCCCGACGCCGGCGCCAUCGUCUUCUUCCAUCCCGACCUCGGCAUCGGCGGCGCCGAGCGUCUCGUCGUCGACGCCGCCGUCGGCCUGCAGAGGCGCGGUCACCGCGUCGUCAUCUUCACCAACCACUGCGACGCGAGCCACUGCUUCGACGAGUGUCGUGAUGGAACCCUCGACGUCCGCGUCCGCGGCGACUGGCUCGUCCCGCCCUCGCUCCUCUCCCGCUUCGCCAUCCUCUGCGCCGUCCUCCGCCACCUCCACCUCCUCGUCGCCGUCACCCUCACCCGCGAGCUCGCCGCCCUCCGGCCCCGCGCCUUCUUCGUCGACCAGCUCUCGGCCGGCCUGCCCCUGCUGCGCUACCUCCACGACGACGUCCCCGUCUUCUUCUACUGCCACUUCCCCGACCUGCUGCUCGUCCGCGGCCGCGACGCCAACCCUCUGAAGCGCCUCUACCGCCUGCCCUUUGACCGGCUCGAGGAGUGGACCAUGGCCUUUGCCCACUCCGUCGCCGUCAACUCCGAGUUUACGAAGCGCGUCGUCGACGAGACGUGGCCCGCGCUGAAGAAGCACGUCGAGAUCAAGGUUGUCUAUCCUUGCGUCGACACCGGCGACGCCGGAGCCCCCCAGGACGCAGUCGAGCUGGCCGACGAGGAGCUCGAGAGGCUCGUCGGCCCGGCGAGGAUCAUCCUCAGCAUCAACCGCUUCGAGCGCAAAAAGGACGUCGGCCUCGCCAUCAAGGCCUUUGCCGCCAUCCCCGCGCCCCACCGCGAGGGCGUGCGCCUUGUCCUCGCCGGCGGCUACGACCCCCGCGUGUCCGAAAACGUCGAGUACCACGCCGAGCUGCAAGCCCUCGCCGCGAGCCUCUCCCUCACCCACCACACGGCCGGCUCGGACCCCGACGUCGCCUCUGACGUGCUCUUCCUGCUUUCCGUCCCCAACGCCGUCAAGGACGCCCUGCUCCGCUCCGCCGCCCUCCUCGUCUACACGCCGGCCAACGAGCACUUUGGCAUCGUGCCCCUCGAGGCCAUGCUCGCCCGCCGCCCCGUCCUCGCCACCAACACCGGCGGGCCCGUCGAGACGAUCCGCGACUCCGUCACCGGCUGGCUGCGCGAUCCCGACGAUGUCGCCGCCUGGUCCGACGUCAUGCGUCGGGCUCUCGCCUUGACGCCGGCCCAGCUGGCCGACAUGGGUGCCGCCGGAGCCCAUCGCGUCACGACCCUGUUUGGGAGAGACCGCAUGUCGGAGCGCCUCGAUGCCAUCGUCGACGAGAUGGUCGCCAUGAAGCGCCCUCCCCUCUUCAUCAACAGCCUCGUCAACCUCGUCCUCUUGGCCCUGUGCUUCUGCCUCGGCCUGGCAUUUGCGUCCGUGUAUAAACGCCUCCGACGCUGA